AUGCACAACAAUACUGCCUUGGAUGGAGUCGAUCCGAUUGAAAUGAUACAGGUGAACGCUGGUGAAUGUCAGAAAAAAUGCGUUGACCUGUAUCCAUCGUGUUCAGCAGUUGUUUACUACUACUUGGACGGAGAAAAGAAACAUCAUCAGUGCUAUCUUUUUGGAGUCAAUUCGUUGAGUGAAGAGGUUCAUCUCGUGAGGCAGACAACAGAACAAUUAAGGGAUGUCGUCCGAAUGCUGGAGAUUGUCGCCAACUGCCAUGCGUUUGACGACUCGCCACCUCUCGAAGAGGAUGGGCUCGUUUCAUCAACGGAUAAGUAUGAUCGGAAAAAGAGACCGACGUGGCUGUCCUGCACGACCAACCUCUACAAGGAUUUGUCGACCGCAGCAGCCCUAUCC